CUGGUAUUAUCUCCUGUAGACCAACAUAAAGAGCAGAGACCUGCUGAACAGAGACGACAACAUGAAUGCUGUGUCCUUCACUGCCAUCAUCUUGACUGGAGCUCUCAUUUCUGAGGUUCAUGCAGUGAACCUACAGCCCUGUGUUCAACAAAGCGACAUCAGUGCAUAUAGAACUUUUGCCAAACGACACAUCCUCUCAAAGUCCUUUGACAGGAAUUCUCUGCAGGAAUGGGAGAGUUACCUUCGGCUGAAUGGCCUCUGUGGCAGACAGCCCACACAGUCCUUCAUUGACGCCAAGGCGAAGGACGUUAAGGGGAUCUGCAAGACCUUGGGCCGCCUCAUUCAAGAUGCUCCUCAAAGUCAAGGCAAUUUCUGCAUCAGUCAGUCAACCAUGAGGGUGUACGACGUCAAAUCUGACGGGCGAUGCAAAAUUACAAGUGCAAAAGGAGUAGACAAGCGUGUGGUUGUCAGAUGUGCUAAGGUUGGCAAAACCUGCCUCCCAAUCCACUUUGAGGCUUAUAGAAACCAAACGCCAAGCAAAACCUACUGCUCUUAAGCAGUGAGUGUGUAGAGAUCAGGAGCUUAUUCCAGAAAACUGAGUCAAACUCUCCUGAAACUGGUUGUGAAAGCAAAGAGAAAAAUGGUCAUGCUUUAUGUGCUUGUUUCUUAUGCCAUGUACUCUGUUUGUUCUUCUUCUGCAGGAUAAGUCAUACAACAUUUGAUGCAUUUAACACCAAAUAACUUUAACCUCCCUGUCUGCACAUAUGAGGACAUUACAUUCAUGUUUUCCUACAUCAACGUAAUAAUUUCUACUAGCAGAAUUUUUAGAUUACAGUCUGAAAUGUCUAACGAAGUUUAAGUAAUUCACUUGAAAUACUGCUUUGAAAUUUUCAAGGAUUUUCAUGGAUAUGUUUGGAAAUAUGUCUUGGAAUUUUUUGAAUAUUCUCAUUGAAAUAUUGCAAUUUUUCCACAUUUUGAGAAUAUAAUAAGUUAAGAGUAUAAUAACUAAAUAAUUAUGUAAAAAAAUUUUUGCAGUGAAACUUGUGAGUAUUUUCAUAGGAAUUGGGGAAAUUUUCUGGAUGUUCCAGGGAAUUUGGAAAU